CACAGACUGAUAUAUUUCAAAUGUUUAUUACUUUUAAUUGCGAUGAUUAUAACUGACAACUAAUGAAAACCCCAAAUUCAUCCAUCCAUCCAUCCAUCUUCUUAACCGCUUACUCCCUAGUGCGGGGUCACGGGUGGUGCUGGAGCCCAGCCCAGCUGGCUACGGGCGAGAGGCAGGGUACACCCUGGAUGGGUCGCCAGUCCAUCACAGGGCAACACAUAGACAAACAACCAUUCACUCACACACUCACACCUACGGGCAAUGGAGAGAAGCCAAUCAACCUAAUGCACGUCUUUGGACUGUGGGAGGAAGCCGGAGAACCCGGAGAGAACCCACGCAGACACGGGGAGAACGUGCAAACUCCACACAGAAAGGCACCAGGGCCGCCUCCGGGAAUCGAACCCAGAACCCUUCUUGCUGUGAGGCGACAGUGCUACCCACCGCACCACCGUGCCGCCCACCCCAAAUUCAGUAUCUCAUUAAUUUGAAUAUUAGUUCAACAUUACAGACACCUGGUGCCACAGCGUAAUCGGCUAUCCGCACCCUGGAGAGGAUUGCGAAACAAAACCCAUUCAAAAAUGUGGGAGAGAUUAACAAAGAGUGGACUGCAGCUGGAGUCAAGAACCACUAUGCACCGAUAUAUGCAAAAUAUGGGUUACCGCUGUCAAAUUCCUUGCAUCAAGCCACUGUGGAACAACAGACAGCAUCCGAAGACUCUCGUCUGGGCUAAAGACAAAAGGACUGAACUGCUGCUGAGUGCUCCAACGUUAUGUUCUCUGAAGAAAGGAAAUUGUGAGUUUCCUUUGAAAAUCAGUGUCCCAGAGUCUGGAGGAAGAGGGGCAUAGAGUCCAUGUUGCUUGACGUCUAAUGUAAAGUUACCACAGUCAGUCUUGGUUUCGGGUGCCAUGUCAUCUGCUGGUGUUGGUCCACUGUGUUUUCUGAGGUCGAGGGUCAAUGCAUCUGUAUGCCAGAAAGGUUUAGAGCACUCCAUGCUUCCUGUUGCUGACCAACUUUUAUGGUGAUGCAGAUUUCAUUUUGUAUUUUGUAAUUCAGGAAAAAGCCCCAACAGUUGGCCAAGAUUUCUUAAAAUCCUUUCUUUUUAUAGGAAUUAAGUAAUCAAAAAAAAACAACCAAAAGUAAAUUUGGGGUUUUCAUUAGUUGUCAGUUAUAAUCAUCACAAUUAAAAGAAAUAAACAUUUGAAAUAUAUCUGUGUAAUGAAUAAUCUAAUAUUCAAGUUUCACUUUUUGAAUGGAAAUAGUGAAAUAAGUAAACUUUUUGCUGAUAUUCUAAUUAUAUGGCCAGCACCUGUAUAUUAAAAAUAUAGGACACUGUAUCCUCUGUCACAACGUUUGAGGUGUGAAGCACCUUUUCAGACCCAGUGGGUCAGAGUGAACUGUUCUAGCAAGACAACAGCAACUUGCAUGUUUUGACUGAAACAGUGUUGAACGCCAGGGAGCUCCUGCCCUCGAAUUUUCAGACUUUCAAACCUAAGUCUGACAACAGGUCCAUUCUGAAACCCUAGAACUAGAUGAGGCGAAACGCUGGAAAACGUGAAACAUCAAAUUCAGUAAAAUACUGACUGCUUGUUCUCACAUAUUGUGUGAAAUUUGUAAAAUUAAAUAAGGUCCUGGGGAAACUGAAUAUGAGCUUUUACACCUUAAUUCACAUAUAUUUCAUGAGGCAUCAUGCCUAUGACAAUCAAAGCUUUUGAUAGUAACUAAUAGUCAGUUGGCAUUGUGUACAACAUUCAGCAGUUUCUGUACAGGUGAGGCAAACCACAUUUAUGAAUGCUGCAUUAAAAGAAGAAAACAAAUCUAUUAAGUGAUAUUGGAAGUGUGGUGAAGUGGUCCUCUCCAUAUUCAGAGCCUGGAGAGAGUACCAGUACUCCGGCCACAGUUUGUGAGGCUGCGUGAGUGUGUGUCUGACGUAGUCUGCAGCACAGGGGUACCUCAGGAGAUGGUGCUCUCUCCUUUUCUGUUCACAAUGUACACAUCAGACUUCCAGUACAACUCCCACCACUGUCACCUCGAGAAGUCUUCUGAUGACACCGCCAUUGUUGGAUGUGUAUCCAAGGGGAAGAGCCGGAGUACAGGGGGGGGUCAUCUAUGACUUUGUGGUCUGGUGUGAAAAUAACCAUGUAACCCUUAACACCUUGAAGACCUUGUUCUGGACACCUCCACCACACACACCAGUAAACAUCCAGGGCUCAGACAUUGAGACUGUGGACUCAUUUAAAUACCUGGGUGUUCACCUCAACAGUAAACUGGACUAAUCAAACAACCCGGAUGCUCUGUAUAAGAAGGACAUGACUGGUGUGUGCAGACAGCUCCUAAAGACUUUCCAGAUACUGCAGUGGACUCAUUAAUUCUAUAUGGAGUUGUGUGAAGUAAUGUAAUGUGUCUGACAAAUAAAUAAAUUUGCAAAUUUUGCUUUUUAAAUUAAUGUUUUUAUUAUUAAGGGCAAAAAAAACAAAAAUAUAUAUAUAACUCUGUGUAAAAGAUGAAAAAAAAGAAAUCAGUAAGCCACCACCGUACUGCUGCGUUAUUCACACAUGACUGUCAAUAGGAGGAGAUGGACUGUGAUAGGUGGCGGUAAUGAACCGAGGCCAGAGACGUAAAACACCACUGAAGAAGAAAAGAAGCCAUUCAAAAGGUAAAAGUUUCACGAGAUCUUUGUUCCUUCAUCCCAGAGGCCACACUUUUAACAGAGAACUGCGACCAGGUCCGACAUGGAUCACUACAAAAUUGAACUGAAAGAUGAGAACUUGGAUUUUUAUCAAGACCAGAACAAUAUGGAGCAGCAUGACCCGACUUUAACCGAGCAGGACCGGUCCAUUAGCGGAAUAAAGGAGGAGCAACAUGACAUGAGUUUAACUGAGCAGCACUGGUCCACUGGCGAAAUAAAGGAGGAACAGCAGGACCGGUCCACUAGCGAAAUAAAGGAGGAGCAGCAGAACCCGAGCUUAUCCCAGCAGGACCGGUCCACUAGCCCAAUAAAGGAGGUGCAGCAGGACCCGGGUUUAACCGAACAGGACCCGAGUUUAUCCGAGCAGGACCGGUCCACUAGCCAAAAGGAGGAGCAGCAGGACCCGGGUUUAACCGAACAGGACCCGAGUUUAACGGACAAGGACCGUGAUGAGGAACCAUCCAGCUCAUCUGCCUCUUCUCCCACCACUAAGAGAAAGAGAGUCUCCCUGGAAGAUUCUACUACAGCUGGAAACAAGAAGCAAAAAGUAAAGGAGACUUCCACUGACGCUGGAGAGGACAGGUGGCAUAAUCGAGAGGAGAUGGACAUUGCUCCUGACCCUCUGAGGUUCAUGCCAGCCAGAACCCCUGGUCCCACAUUUGAUACCAUGAAAUCUUGGUCUCCCCUCAGUCUAUUCCAACUGUUUUUCUCUGCUUCAGUAAUUCAAAAGAUAGUUGACAACACAAAUGCAAACGCAGCAAAAAACCUGACAUGGGGUACAAAUGGCAAACUCUGACAACCAAUGACUUCUACAUUUUCAUGUCCGUAGUCAUUUUCACUAGCCUUGUGCCUUUACAUCACAGGUCAGAUUAUUGGAGGCAGCAGUUUCCAUACAACUUCUCUUUCCCCAGGGAGAAGAUGUCACGUGCCCGCUUUGAAGCCAUCAUGUGGUCACUUCAUUUAAGUGACCCAGAUGAGGAUGAAGAAAAUGAAAAUAAAAGAAUCAGUGGUGGGCACGACAUGCUUUUCAAAAUAAAGCCACUCUACAGUGAGCCGGUGAAAGCCUGCAAGGCUAAUUUCCAGCCAUCACAAAAUAUUUCAAUUGAUGAGCGGAUGGCGGCACGCAAGGCACCAGUCAGCGUGAAACCAUACCUAAAGGGCAAGUCCACCAAGUGGGGAUACAAACUUUUUGUGCUGGUGGAUUCAUCCACAGGCUACACAUGGAACUUUUUUGUCGACACGGGCAAAAGACAGUCCUCUACUACAACCACUAAUGGUUUAAGUUAUUCUUAUGUGAUGGACUUGUUGCCUCUUCAAACCCUUGGCACCGGCUACAGGUUGUAUAUAGACAACCUUUACACAAGGACUACUGUGUUCACAGACUUGUAUAAGAAGAAGAUUGGCUGCUGUGGGAUGACCAGUACAAGCUGCAUUGGCUUUCCACAGACCCAAAUAAAUGAUCUAGCCAAAAAAGCUGAGAAAGGGGACAUUCGCUGGAUACGACGUGGUGAAUUGCUGUUUGUGAACUGGAUGGACACUAAAAAGGUGACAAUGUGUUCCACAAUCCAUAAAGCUUACAGCAAUCAGACGAUCAGGAGGAACGUGAAGGAGGCUGGUGUUUGGACAAAUAAACUCAUCCCUGCUCCAGACUCCAUUUUUGACUACAAUAGGAAUAUGGGUGGUUUAAAUAUGUCCGAUGCACUCCCAGGCUUCAAUGCCGUUUGCAAUGAAACCACAAAGUAGUAUAAAGUGUUUUUUUUUUACUUUUUGGACAUUGCUGUGGUGAACAGUUACAUUCUUCACAAGGAGCUGCUCAAGCACAGACAGGACCCCAACCAGGAAGAGCCCCUCUCCCACAAAGCUUUCAGAGAGCAGCUCAUACAGGAGAUGUUGGACUUUGCUGAAGGCUCUGCAGAUCCCCUACCCACCUGCAACACCAAAAACAACUUGCAUGCCAGCCUUUUAUAAAGGUAUUGGAACGCAAACGAGGAAACACAGCAAGAGGUGUGAAGCUGUUGGGGAGCCAAGAGGGAAAACUUCAGCCUAUCGCAGAAGGUGUGAGUUUGUCCUCUGCCUCUCAUUAUUUUUGGGUUCGGCAUUAACUGUUCAAGCUGUUCCUAUAUCUAUCCUUUGUGGUGUUCAGUUCAAAUUUAGAGUGGUAUGUUCAGAUAUUUACAGUCUUAUUUUAAUAUAUCUUUAAUUUCUGUACAUUUAGUAAAGAUUUCUGUUGACUGUUUGCACUAAAAAUACUUUGUAAUUUUGUUCUGCUUCAUUUGAUCAUAAUCAUCAUAAUGUGCAGACAUUUUAUAGAGGUUUACAGCUGCUGAAGCAUCGUUUCACACUACAAGUGCAUUGUUUUUUCAGGUGGAUUAAAGUUUUUUAAAUUUGUGUUGUCUACCAAGCUCAUAAACUUCUUUCCAAUGACAUACAUAUUAAGUGACACAUAUUAAACAUAUU